UUGCUUUCACCGAUUUCAAAUGGUCACUUUCUAAGAACAAGCACUGCCGGCUCCAGCAGUAUGUUUUGUGUUUGGGAACUCAAAAUGCGAGGGCCUCUCAUGAACAUGAGGUGCAUUGAGCGCUUUGUGGCCUUCAAGCUCCCGCUCGAUCAGCGGUGGGCACAUUCAUGAAAGGUGUCCACGGCCUUUGAAAGGAUGCCAAGAAAGAAGAAAUAGGUGGUGCAAUGGGGCCAACUGAAAAGGUUUCUGAGAUCGCUGACGGUAUGAGGAUCACUGAAACUGGAGUGACACCACCCCUUUCAGUUCACCGCACGCACUUUCCCGCUUUCCCCUUCAAGCCUUAUGGCAUCCAGAAGGAUUUCAUGGGUGCGAUCUAUAAGACGCUUGAUCUGAAUGGGAUUGGCAUCUUCGAGAGUCCAACGGGGACGGGCAAAACGCUAAGCCUGAUUUGCAGUUCGCUGCAGUGGUUACAAGACCAGCAGUUGAAAGUGGAGGAAGAAAAGGCUAAGCAGGAUGCAUUGGAUGAUAAGUCAACGGAGCCUGAUUGGAUGAAAGACUUUGGGACGAAGAAGGAUGAGAUCAACAAAAAGCAGAAGGAUGAGAGGAAGGAGAAGAGGAGGGCACGCCUGGCAAAAGAGGCCGCAAGGUUGAAAGCUGAAACUCAGAAGGCUGCGGGUUGCGGUACGAAAUCAGAAAUGGAGGGGUCAAUAGGAGACUCGGAUGAUGCCUUUGUCCUUGAUGAAUGGGAGAGCGAUACUGAGAAGGCACCGGGGAGCGCAAGGAAAAGGAAGAAGGGCGUGACGGUUGAUAGCAGUGAUGAGAGCGAAUCUGAUGAGGAGACUGAAACAAAAACAAAGGUCUACUUCUGCAGCAGGACCCACUCUCAGCUCUCUCAGUUCAUUGGAGAGCUCAAGAGGACCAGCUUCACCCAAUCCGAACUCCAAACAACCUCCAUCGCAUCACGAAAGAACCUGUGCAUCAAUGAAGCUGUGCUCCGCCUCGGCAGCACCACCCGUAUCAACGAGCGCUGCCUCGAGCUCCAAAAGGACAAAGCAAAGUCCUCUUCCGCCAAACUCGCCCAAACCGCAUUGGGAGGGAAGUCUAAAGCUUCCAAAGGGGGCUGCCCUUAUCUCGCCCAACCGAAGCUGCAGCGGAGCUUCAAGGACCACGUGCUAGAAUUUGAGCCGUUGGAUAUCGAGGACCUGGCACGCCUGGGCCGUCGGAUCGGGACCUGUCCGUACUACGGGGCGAGGAAAGUGCUGCCGACAGCGGACUUGGUCGCGUUGCCAUACCAGUCGAUACUGCACAAGCCGACGCGUGAGUCGCUGGGCAUCAGCCUGAAGGACAGCGUGGUCAUUGUCGACGAGGCGCACAAUCUAGUAGACGCUGUCACCGCCAUCCACAGCAGCCUCAUCACUGGACAGCAGCUGGUAACCGUGCACGGUCAGCUCCUCGGUUACCUAACCCGCUUCGCCGACCGCCUCGCGCCCGGCAACCGGCGCUACAUCCAGACCCUCCUUACGCUCACCGCCGCCUUCCUCCGCCGCCUGCGCCUAGCGAAGGAUGGCACCCUCAUAACAUCAUCCUCCACGUCAGCCGCCACGUCACCUGCCGCGUCAGCGACGGGCGAGGUGUCGACGCUGAACGACUUCCUGUUCUCGCUGGCCAUAGACAACGUGAACCUCUUCCGGCUGGAGCGCUACGUCCGAGAGAGCAACGCCGUGCACAAGAUCAGCGGCUAUGGCGAGCGGCAGCUGCAGCAGGACCCACUUGAGACAACGGAAGCAGCCUCGGCCCACAGCAGCGCCAUCGGCUCCUUCCAGGCCGCCGCGGCCUUCAUCGUUGCGCUGACGAGCACCGACAGCGACGGGCGCGUCAUCGUGACGUCAGCGCGGUCGGGCGGCCAGCCGCACGAGGCGACGCUCAAGUUCGUCAUGCUCAACGCCGCCAAGCACUUCCAACCCAUUGUCAAUGACGCGCGCGCAAUUGUCCUGGCGGGCGGCACCCUCCAGCCGACGUCCGAGCUGCGCGAGCGCCUCUUCCCGCAGGUUCCGGACGUCCGGCUCCGCUUUUUCUCCUGCGGACACAUCGUGCCCCGGGAGAGCGUCCUGCCCAUCGCGCUGCGCCAGGGGCCCACCGGGCGCCUCUUCGACUUCCGGUUUGAGUCUCGGGGUGCGCCGGCCAUGAUCGAGGAGCUGGGCCGGCUCCUCUCCAACCUGUGCACCGUCGUGCCGGGGGGUCUCGUCUGCUUCUUCCCGUCCUUUGCGUACGCAGACCACGUGGCAAAAUCCUGGGAGGCCGCAGGCAUCCUUGCGUCGAUCCGCGCCAAAAAGGCCGUCUUCACGGAACCACGCACCGCCGCCGAGGUGGAGAGUACGCUCGACCGGUACCGCGCAUGCAUCGUUGGUUCCGCCGGAAUGUCAAGCGCGUUCUCCGCCGGAACGGGUUCGGGGGGGUCGGGAAAGCUGGGGAAGAAGGGGGGUGCGGUGCUCCUGUCGGUCGUGGGGGGAAAGAUGUCGGAGGGGAUCAACUUCAGCGACGACAUGGGGCGGUGCGUGGUUAUGGUCGGGUUACCGUACCCGAGCAAAACGGACCCGGAACUGCAAGAGCGGAUGCAGUACCUGGAGCGCGGGUUAGACUUGACCCAGCUGGGGUUAAGUCCUUCUGCCGACGGGUUGGGGCCCGAGACGCCAGGGGGAGAGCGAGUGGGGGCGGCGGUUACUGUGAGGAAGGGUCGGGGCCACGAGUAUUACGAGAACCUGUGCAUGAAGGCGGUCAACCAGUCGAUCGGAAGAGCGAUCCGGCACGCGGGAGACUACGCCUCGAUUAUCCUAGUGGACCACCGUUACGCCCCAGCCGCAGGCACGCAGCCAGUCUCGGGCCCCGCCAAAAAGCUGCCGGGCUGGAUCCAAGAUAGCCUGGUGACAGCUGGCACCUUCGGCGAGGCCUACAAGAAGUUGCACCAGUUCUUCAAAGCACGCGAGUUGCAAGCGUAGACGAGAAACAUUGCGUUAUCCUGACAGUCACAGGGUGCGGACUCUUCAUAUUGUGUGGAAAGCUGACGAGAGAUCAAUGAGUAGCCGAUUCUGAUGCUUCAAAGCUGUAGACCGUAAGAGCUCAAAGUAGGACAGGUGUAGAUCUAAAUGUUGUAUGAAAGACGGGCUGUGACUAUAGAUACAUGCUGUAAUGCAGACUUGGUGUAGAGGAGACCCAUUACCUCCGCCACUUACUGAGGGAUCUGAAUGUUUUCGAUUCUACGAACGGUGGCA